CGCUUUGCGUGGGCUCAAUACAGUAGAAGCAACGAUCAAGAACGACUCAUUUUCGAAGUCUCCCUUCAAUUUUGCUUCGUUUUCCAAAGCAUAAACUUUAUAUGAGCAUUAUAUCGCUUGGUAUUUCGACUAUGAUAUUGUGAGACGUUCGUGAAGCAGUAAAAAUGGCUCUACAUUGGAUACAACAAGUAGAAGGAGGGCCAAGAAGGGUGAACCACGCCGCGAUAUCUGUACGUGACAGAUUCAUCUUUAGUUUCGGUGGCUACUGUACUGGAGAAGACUAUUUUAUUAUCGACAAACUAGACGUUCACAUCUUUGAUAUAGUAACAUGUAGAUGGACCAAAUUCCCUACCCCUAGUAGAACUGACGAGCAAUAUGACUGUGUGCCGUACAUGCGUUAUGGACACAGCGCUGCAGUUAUAAAUGACGUGGCAUAUAUUUUUGGUGGAAGGAAUGAUAAAUAUGGAGCUUGCAACACACUUUACUGCUUUGAUACAAGGACAUUAACUUGGUCCAAACCUCAAACCUAUGGCUACCCUCCUGCAGCAAGAGAUGGUCAUACUGCAUGUGUCAUUGAACAAAAAAUGUAUAUUUUUGGUGGAUAUGAAGAAGAGGUACAGUAUUUUUUAAAAGGAACUACCUGUACAAAAGGGAAUCUGAAAAUUCCUAAGUCAAUAAGCGUUCUAUGGCUCACCUCCCCUCAAUCGAUCAGCUGCCACAUCACUACUCUAGUAGUAUAGGGAAUGGGGGUUCUAGCGCAGUGACCACACGAGGAUUUCCCGUUUAAAGUCACUAACCCGUGUUUGCGUAGCCCUCAUUCCCUAUGAGACCCCCAGGAUUACCCGUGGGGGUAACAGCGCACUCGAAAUAUGUUAGUUUACGCCAGGAUUACC